AUGUCCUCUGCUGGCCCCACCAAAAACACCGACCAGGACCUUGCUCUCAAGUUUGCCCGUCUCAAAUGCGAUUCCGACCCUGAGGCCUACAUCUGGGAGUACCGAAACCUCCAUCUGGCCCUCGGCCUGUCCGAUGCUGCCAACACCUCGCCCAAGGGCGACCUGGUCAUGGGCGCCAUCUUUGUGUCCAACCUGCCCGAGCCUGUCCAGAAGCGAAUGGACAUGUCGCUCCUGGGCAACAUGACCGAUCUCAUCUGGGAGGCCUUCCAGGCGUCCGAGACGGAGCGGGAGUGGCAGCGAUUCAAGGAAAUCCACCCCGACGCGGUCGAGGAGGACGAUGACGAGUCCAUGGCCGCCUCCGACGUGGAAGACAUUGCCUCAACACGAACGUCUUCCCCUGUCCUGCCCUCCGUGCCCUCCACCCCCAAGGAGACGGUGGUUUCCACCCCGGAAAUCCCCCAGGAGAUCCCCAUGGUUGGUACUCCCACCACCCCCAACAUGAACAUUCCCCAGGCCACGUCGCGAAACGUGUCAUCCGGCUCCGGUCACAAUGUUCCUGUCGUGGCCUCCUCCGCCACCACGUCGCCCAACAACUCUUCUUCGCAAGCCGAAGGAAUCUACCAGCCCAAGUUCCGACAGACUCACAGUCGAUCCGCCUCGCAGUCUGUCAUUUCCACUACCCCUCUUUCCGAACUCGGCAACACCAGUAUGAACGGCAACAACGGCGGAGGUCCCCGACGAAUCGAGUCGCGUCACAAGCGAUCGCAGAGCAAUGCCAAGCCUGCUGCUAACGCUGCUCCUGCUCCUGUCUCCAAUGUCACCUACGGUGGCGUUGGAGUGGGCCAAAUCCCCUCCUUCUCGCCUGCCACAGGCGCUAACACCACCGACUUUGCUCCUUCUCGAAGCAGAGCCGCAUCCAUUGUUAGCAACGGCGGCAACGGAGGUAGCGGAGGAAACCAGGGCGAGCGAAAACCCUCUUCGGCCAAGCGGCCCAACGGUAAGUUCACCCACACUGGACGACUUACCUCCAAGGAGAAGACCCGACGACAAGAAAAGGGUCUGUGUCUGUACUGUGCCAAGCCCGGCCAUGCACGACCCCAGUGUCCAGUGCUGCACGAGAAGGCCAGCGCCGGCACCCGAAACCUCAAGCAGCGUGCUUGUUAG